CUCCCGGCGGGUGGCGGUGGCGCCGGCUCGGCUUCCUCCUCUCCGCCGCCGCCGCCGCUGCCGCUGAGGGGCCGGUCAUGGCCAAGAGCCGCGGCGGCCCAGCAGCAGCAGCAGGAGGGGUCGCCCUGGGCUCGGCCGACGGGAUGGCAGCGCCGCCAGACGCCCCCGCCUCGCAGGCGGCCGAGAUGGACGCGGAGCGGCGGCUGGACGGCGACUCGCGGAGCUCAGGGGGCGGCAGCGAGGGCGGCGAGCGGCAGGUCGACAGGUUCGGCUUCAUCGUGCCCGAGGGCGACGAGCCCGACAAGGAGACGCGGGAUGAGGUGGUGCCGCUGGAGAAGCUAAGGCAGAGAGAAUCCAAGUGGCUGGACAUGCUCAACAACUGGGACAAGUGGAUGGCUAAGAAGCACAAAAAGAUCCGAUUGAGAUGCCAGAAGGGGAUCCCACCAUCUUUGAGGGGUCGGGCAUGGCAGUACCUUUCAGGAGGCAAAGUCAAGUUGGAGCAGAAUCCUGGCAAGUUUGAUGAGCUGGAUGUGGCCCCAGGGGAUCCCAAAUGGGUGGAUGUAAUCGAACGAGAUCUCCAUAGGCAGUUUCCAUUCCAUGAAAUGUUUGUUGCUCGUGGAGGCCACGGGCAACAAGACUUGUUCCGUGUGCUGAAGGCCUACACGCUGUAUCGGCCGGAGGAGGGCUACUGCCAGGCCCAGGCACCAAUUGCUGCAGUCUUGCUGAUGAAUAUGCCUGCAGAGCAAGCUUUUUGGUGCCUUGUACAGAUUUGUGAGAAGUACCUUCCUGGUUACUACAGUGAGAAGUUGGAGGCUAUCCAACUGGAUGGGGAGAUCCUCUUCUCACUGCUGCAGAGGGUCUCACCUGUGGCUUAUAAACACCUGAGCAAGCAGAAGAUUGACCCCAUCCUGUACAUGACAGAAUGGUUCAUGUGUGCGUUCUCCAGGACCUUACCGUGGAGCUCUGUGUUGCGUGUCUGGGACAUGUUUUUCUGUGAAGGGGUUAAGAUCAUCUUCCGAGUGGGCCUCGUGCUGCUGAAACACACCCUGGGUUCUUCUGCAGAGCUCAAAUCAUGUCAGGGGCAGUAUGAGACCGUGGAGCGGCUGCGGACGAUAAACCCCCAGAUCAUGCAGGAGACCUUCCUUGUGCAAGAGAUCAUAGAGUUGCCAGUGACAGAGCGCCACAUAGAGCGAGAGCACCUGAUCCAGCUGAAGAAAUGGAAGGAGACCCAUGGGGAGCUGCAGUGCAAAUCCCCACCCCGUUUCCACGGCGCCAAAGCCAUCAGUGACUCCGAGCCUUAUCCCCGCAAGGCCUUGGAGCCCUCUCCUUCCAUCAUCCUCCCACCUGACUCCAGGCUCUCGCCCAAGGGUCGCAAGGGCAAAUUGCCAAAAGGAGACAAGAAACGGGACCGAGGAAAGGGCCGCCUGGCCAACGGGCCCAUCCCUGAAGAGAAUGGAACUCAGAGUUCGCUGGAGCCAGAGGCCUCUUCCCUCCACCAGUCAAAGGAGAGUUUCAGUUCCCAAGAAAGCGAGGACACCUACCUGUAAACACAAUGGCUGCACAUUCCAGACUCCUGGCUUGGUCCAAAGCAGCUGGGUCUAAGUUGCCCCUGUGGCCAGACUCUGGAGCCAUGGUAAUGGGUUGGGCAACUGGGAAGCUGGGGGCAGCUAGUGCCUUGGGGCACUUGGGGAAAGCUAGGUAAGGGCUUUUCUCCAUGAGUCUUAAUUUUGUGCCACAUGCAGCCCAGUGGCCAAUAGACAAGCCAAAUAUGCUUUGGGUAUCUCAUUAGGAAGAGAUACUUGCAGCUGUCUCCUGCUAUUGCGUUCUUCACUGGUGGGAGUCCAGUGUUUGAUUGGCAUGAAUCAUGCAGAUAUAGAACACAGUUUUGCCACACACCCACCAUUACCUGUGAAAGUAUUGCUCAAUCAGCACAGUUCUCAUGGCUGAGACAAUGAAUGCACAUUCCACAGUGCAUUCUGGGAACUGGUGGAGGCUGAGUUGCUGGCCAUAUCCACUAGUGUAGGACAUCUGUCUCAGUGAAUAGGCUACAUCCAUUCCUUGACCUCUUGGCAAGAUUGCCAUUGAAGGGUCCUUUUUUAGGUCAGUUGAGGCUGCUGAAGCUCUCUAGUUCUUGCAUUCCCAUCCCAAGUCAUAGGGGCGGCAGUGCUGCUCUCAGUUGUUACUCUCCUGUUACCAUACAGAUGAGUUUUCCUGCUGGCACUUCUUCCAUUUUAGGCUUCCAGUUGAGCCAGUUUGUCCUUCCCUCAUCUGAAUGGUAGCUUGAUGUUUUCUAUUCCUUGCUGUUAGUUGGACUUGGAAUCCAACAGACCUGGAGGACCCCUCAUUUCCACAGCUGCUUGGGCAUUUCUGCCCUACACGUAGGAACAAUCAGGUGGUUUGACAUUUUUUUUUUUUGGCUGAAGUGACCAAUUAAGAUCCUUGUCUCUUAGAUGAGGAAGGAGCUGAUUAAUUUCAGCUGACAGCAGGGGUUGAUAAAAGGGCAGAGAACCGAUUAGCGGCAUAGUUGCCUAUCCUGGUUCUCUUGUGAGCUAUGCUGAAUUAAGACUUCGGAUGCUGAAUCCACCAGCCACUUACAGACCAGUUUCUUUUGUAGAAAUAAUUGUUGCAGGAAUCAGAUAUGUGCACCAUGUUACGGGUGAUUUUGAGUUGGGGCAAGGCAUACUUGAUGUACGCCUUGGCUUGAAUUUAUAUAUAUAUAUUAGGCUUCAACUCUGGAUCUGGUGCUAGGAUUUCGCCAGGAAUAGGACGGCCCAUUUACAGGACACUAAAGUAACUUCCUUUGCCCACCCACUACAGGGUGCUCCUCUCCUGGUCUUCAGAAGGUGGCAGCAGUAUUAAGUCAACCCUCUUCUUUGCCUCUUGCCCAUUUUAUCUUUGAUAAAUGUAAAGCUGAACCCUGAUAGGCUGGUGGGAAAGGGUAUCCCUUGUUGCAGCUUGUGAAGCUGUGCUUAUUAUUAAAACUGCAAGCUGCUGAAUGUAGUGCUUUGUUGCAGUCCACCUUCCCUCUAGCCCAUUGCAGGCUCAGGUUGGGAUUUCCCAUUUUACAGAUUGAAGCAGUAGCCAGCAUUUACAUCCAAGAUAUACUGAGCAGAGUCUUGGGAUCUUUUUCUGAGAUUCAUUGAGGAGGCUCAGGAAUAAUGUUUCUCCCCCUUCCUGUCCCCCUCCCCCAUUUAUGGCUGGAACGAACAUCCAGAAGGGGCGGGGGCAGUUUUCCUUGCUGCUGCCAUUUCUGAUGGUUGCACUCUUAACACGGGGUGGGAGACUGUCCUUUCUCCACUUAUUGCCAGGUUAUGACUGACAGGUGGUCUCUGUGUUUGGGUUCUUUUUAAAAACAAAAAUCAGUAGCUAUAAAAGUUUUGUACAAGCUAAAUAAACCAGAAUUAUGUAAAA